GAGAGCUGGAGAUGCGUUGAGAUUCUUUCUGCUCAGAUCUUCAGGCUUGUUGAGGAGGAACCGCGCACCUCUGCGUGAUGCUGAUUGUGUUAUGUGUGUAUGUAUGUGAUAGUGUGUGCAUAUGAAUGUGUGUGUGUGUGUGUGUGUGCACAUGAGAUUUUAGCAGCCCGACAGAUCUUGCCAGUUUCCAUCAUGCACGCAGUGAAGCUCAGCUGAAACAGUCCGUGAGGAUCAGCGGUUCUUCUCCACACUCAGAUCAACACAGGACCUUCACACCUGAUCAGGAUCCGCAGUUUAUUUCAGGUGUAAAGUGGACAGAAGGACAGAAGCAUGUUGCGCGUCCCGGGGAGCGCCCUGGUGCCCGGACUGCUGCUCUUCUGGAGCUUCUCACACAGUUUGGACCUGAUCUCUGUAGAUGUGCCAAAGACAUGCAGCCCGAAGCAGUUUGUGUGUCAGGAUCAGGUGACGUGUAUCUCUAAAGGAUGGAGGUGUGAUGGAGAGAAAGACUGUCCUGAUGGAUCAGACGAAGCUCCAGAUGUGUGUCCUCACACACGAGUGUCUCCUUGUCCCCCAAAUGAGCAGCAGUGUGAGGGGACGGAGGUGUGUGUGCACAUGAGCAAGAUGUGUAACGGCAUCUCUGACUGUCCUGAUGGAUCAGAUGAGGGAGCACAUUGCAGAGAGUUGAUCUCAAACUGUUCCCUUGCCGGCUGUCAGGAGAACUGCGCCAUCACACACUCAGGUGCUGUGUGUUACUGCAAGAAUGGCUAUGAGAUCAGCCAGGAUGGGAAACUGUGUAAAGAUUUUGACGAGUGUACGGUGUACGGGACGUGCAGUCAGACGUGUACGAACACUGAGGGCUCGUAUUUCUGCUCCUGUGUGGAAGGUUAUCUCACUCAGCCUGAUAACAGAUCCUGCAAAGCCAAAAACGUGCCUGUGGAUCGUCUGCCGGUGUUGCUAAUCGCUAACUCUCAGAACAUCCAGGCUACGUCUCUGAGCGGCUCAAGCAGCUUUUUGCUCCACACCAGCACCAAACAGACCACAGCCAUGGACUUCCUGUACAAACAGGAAACGGUGUGUUGGAUCCAUGUGGGAGACACUCCGGCUGGGACACAGCUGAAAUGUGCCAAAAUCCCUGGACUGAAGAGUUUCACUGAUGAGAGAGUCAUUAACAUAUCACUCAGUUUACACCAUGUGGAGCAGAUGGCGAUCGACUGGCUGACAGGGAAUUUUUACUUUGUGGACGACGUGGACGAUCGAAUCUUUGUGUGUGAUAAAGACGGUGUGACGUGUGUGACGCUGCUGGACCAGGAGCUGUACAACCCGAAAGGAAUCGCACUAGACCCUACCAUGGGGAAGCUGUUCUUUACGGAUUACGGACAGAUCCCGAAGGUGGAGCGAUGUGAUAUGGACGGUCAGAACCGCUCGAGACUGGUAGACAGUAAGAUUGUGUUUCCUCACGGAGUCACACUGGACCUGGUCAGUAAACUGGUUUACUGGGCCGACGCCUACCUGGACUACAUCGAGGUCAUCGACUAUGAGGGGAGACAGAGACACACCAUCAUACAGGGGCUACUGAUCGAGCAUCUUUAUGGUCUGACCGUUUUUGAGAAUUAUCUUUAUGCCACAAACUCGGACAACGUAAACAUGCAGGCGAAGACGAGUGUGAUUCGUGUGAAUCGCUUUAACAGCUCUGACUAUCAGGUGGUGACGCGAGUGGAUAAGGGCGGAGCUCUGCACGUCUAUCACCAGAGAUGCCAACCUCCAGUGAGGAGUCAUGCGUGUGAGUUGGAUCAGUUCCUGAAGCCCGGCGGUUGUUCUGAUAUCUGUUUAUUAGGAAACAGCCACAAGACCCGUACAUGUCGCUGUCGCUCUGGAUUCAGCCUUGGCAGUGAUGGGAAAUCCUGCAAGAAGCCAGAGCACGAGUUGUUCCUGGUUUACGGAAAAGGUCGUCCUGGUGUGAUCAGGGGGAUGGACAUUAACCCGAAGGUGCAGGAUGAGUACAUGAUCCCGAUAGAGAACCUGAUGAACCCUCGUGCUCUGGACUUCCACGCUCAGAGUAACUUCAUCUACUUCUCUGACGCCACCAGUUACCUGAUCGGACGACAGAAGAUCGACGGCACUGAGAGAGACACCAUUCUGAAGGAAGGUGUGCACACUGUGGAGGGAAUUGCUGUGGACUGGAUGGCCAAUAAUUUGUACUGGACAGACGACGGGCCGAAGAAAACCAUCAGCGUGGCUCGACUGGAGAAAGCGGCACAGACGAGAAAAACUCUCAUCGAGGGCAAGAUGACACAUCCACGAGCCAUCGUAGUGGAUCCCAAAAAUGGAUGGAUGUACUGGACAGAUUGGGAAGAAGAUCCGAAAGAGAGCAAGAGGGGUAAAAUUGAGAAAUCCUGGAUGGACGGAACAAACCGGAACAUUCUCUUAACAUCAAAGACAGUUCUGUGGCCCAACGGUCUAAGUCUAGAUGUUCCUCAGGGGAUCCUGUACUGGGUGGACGCUUAUUACGACCGCAUUGAGAUGGUUUACCUCAACAGCAGUGAGCGCAAGACUGUAUAUGAAGGGCAGGAGCUGAGUCAUGCCUUCGGUAUCUGCCAUUAUAAGAACUUCCUGUUCUGGAACGAGUAUCGUAGCGGCAGCAUCUACAAACUCGACCAGGACACCAAAUCGGUUACGCUUCUGCGCAGCGAGCGUCCUCCCAUCUUCGAAAUCCGCAUGUACGAUGCCCAGCAACAGCAAGGGACGAAUGCAUGUCGGAUGAAUAACGGUGGAUGCAGUAUACUGUGUUUAGCGACUCCACUUGGUCGAUCAUGUGCCUGUGCAGAAGAUCAGCUCCUGGAUCCAGCAGAUAACACCAGCUGUAAAGCGAACCCAUCCUACAUUCCUCCUCCUCAGUGUCAGUCUGGUGAAUUUGCCUGUAAGAAUAAUCGCUGCAUUCAGGAGAGAUGGAAGUGUGACGGAGACAACGACUGUCUGGACAACAGUGAUGAAGCUCCAGAACUCUGCCAUCAGCACACGUGUCCCACUGACCGCUUCAAGUGUCAGAAUAAUCGCUGUAUCCCCAUGCGCUGGCUCUGUGACGGAGACAACGACUGUGGCAACGACGAGGAUGAGUCCAACUCGACAUGUUCAGCUCGGACGUGUCCUGCCAAUCAGUACUCGUGUGCGAGUGGACGCUGUAUUCCCAGCUCAUGGACGUGUGACCUGGACGAUGACUGUGGUGAUCGGUCUGAUGAACCUGCGUCUUGUGCGUAUCCCACGUGUUUCCCUCCCACUCAGUUCACGUGUAAUAACGGACGCUGUAUCAACAUGAACUGGCGCUGCGACAGCGAUAACGAUUGUGGUGAUAACAGUGAUGAAGCAGGCUGCACUCACUCCUGCUCCAGCACUCAGUUUAAGUGCAACAGCGGCCGCUGCAUCCCGGAUUACUGGACCUGUGACGGUGACAACGACUGCAACGACUUCAGUGACGAGACACACGCCAACUGCAGCAAUAACGCGACCCGUCCCCCUGGCGGUUGUCACACAGACGAGUUUCAGUGUCGGAUGGACAGUCUGUGUAUUCCUCUGCGCUGGCGCUGUGAUGGAGACACAGACUGUGUCGAUAUGAGCGAUGAGAAAAACUGCGAAGGCGUCACUAACAUCUGUGACCCUGCUGUGAAAUUCGGCUGCAGAGACUCUGCAAAGUGUAUCAGUAAGGCGUGGGUGUGUGACGGAGACAGCGACUGUGAGGACAACUCUGAUGAGGAGAACUGUGAAGCGCUGGUGUGUAAACUCUCUCACCACGUGUGUGUUAACGACUCCAAUAUCUGUCUCCCACCUGAGAGGCUGUGUGACGGGAAGGACGACUGUCCUGAUGGAUCUGACGAGAAACUGUGCGAUCUGUGUUCACUGGAGAAUGGCGGCUGCAGUCACAACUGUUCCGUGGCUCCGGGUUUGGGAAUCGUGUGUUCCUGCCCACUGGGGAUGGAGCUCAGUGCCAAUAAUAAAACUUGCCAGAUCCAGGGCUUCUGUGCCAAACACCUGAAGUGCAGCCAGCGCUGUGAGCAGGACAAAUUCACCGUCAAGUGCUCAUGUUACGACGGCUGGGCUCUGGAGCCGGACAUGGAGAGCUGCAGGAGCACAGAUCCAGUGAAGCCCUUCAUCAUUUUCUCAAACCGUCAUGAGAUUCGACGCAUUGAUCUGCACAAAGGAGAGUUCAGCGUCCUUGUACCAGGACUUCGUAACACCAUCGCUCUGGAUUUCCAUCUAAACGAGAGCGCGCUCUACUGGACCGACGUGGUGGAGGACAAAAUCUACCGUGGGAAACUCUCUGAGAACGGAGCGGCUCUGACGAGUUUCGACGUAGUGAUUCAGUACGGUUUGGCGACACCAGAAGGAUUAGCUGUGGACUGGAUCGCUGGAAAUAUUUACUGGGUGGAAAGUAACUUGGAUCAGAUCGAGGUGGCGAAACUGGACGGAACCAUGCGCACUACUCUGCUAGCCGGAGAAGUGGAGCACCCGCGGGCCAUCGCCCUCGACCCCAGAGAAGGGAUCCUGUUUUGGACGGAUUGGGAUGCGAGCAUGCCGAGGAUCGAGGCUGCCUCGAUGAGUGGAUUUGGACGGCGCACCAUCCACAAAGAGACAGGAAACGGAGGCUGGCCGAACGGCCUCACUGUCGAUUACCUGGAGAGACGAAUUCUCUGGAUCGAUGCCAGAUCUGAUGCAAUUUACUCAGCCAAGUACGACGGUUCCGGGCUGAUUGAGGUUCUCCGUGGACACGAAUACCUGUCGCACCCGUUUGCUGUCACUAUGUACGGAGGGGAAGUGUACUGGACAGACUGGCGCACAAACACACUCGCCAAAGCCAACAAGUGGACAGGAAACAACGUCACUGUGGUACAGAGAACCAACACGCAGCCGUUUGACCUGCAGGUUUAUCAUCCAUCCAGACAACCACAAGCUCCAAACCCGUGUGCAGCUAACGGUGGUCUGGGCCCUUGUUCUCAUCUCUGCCUCAUUAAUUAUAAUCAGACCUUCUCCUGUGCGUGUCCUCACUUAAUGAGGCUGAGUGACGACAAUCACACCUGCUAUGAAUCCCGCCAGUUCCUGCUGUACGCUCGUCAGAUAGAGAUCCGUGGUGUGGAUAUUAAUAACCCAUACUAUAACUACAUCAUCUCCUUCACUGUUCCUGAUAUUGAUAACGUGACUGUGGUGGAUUAUGACGCCGUGGAGAGGAGGAUUUACUGGUCUGAUGUUCGCACACAAACCAUCAAGAGAGCUUUCAUUAACGGCACAGGCAUCGAAACCGUUGUCUCUGCAGAUCUGCCAAAUGUGCAUGGCCUGGCAGUGGACUGGGUUUCCCGCAAUCUGUUCUGGACGAGUUACGAUGCCAAUAAGAAGCAGAUUAAUGUGGCUCGACUGGACGGCUCAUUUAAGAAUGCUGUGAUUCAGGGUUUAGACAAACCGCACUGUAUUGUGGUCCAUCCCACACUCGGAAAGAUGUUCUGGACAGAUGGAGACAACAUCAGCAUGGCCAACAUGGACGGAACCAACCACACCGUCCUGUUCACCCAGCAGAGAGGACCUGUGGGUUUGUCUCUGGACUUUGAGGACUCUUGUCUGUAUUGGGUUAGCUCUGGGAACGGAACCAUCAGCCGCUGCAGACUGGACGGAACUGGACUAGAAGUGCUUGAGGGAGUGAAGGGCAAAUUAAACAAAGCUUCAGCUCUUGCCAUCAUGGGCGAUAAGCUGUGGUGGGCGGAUCAGGGGACGGAUCAGAUCGGGACCUGUGACAAAAGUGAUGGAGGAAACUGGAAAGUUCUGAGGAAUAGUACGGCUCCCAUGAUGCACAUGAAGGUCUACAACGAGACUGUGCAGACAGGCUCCAACCUGUGCAGUAAUUAUAAUGGUGAUUGUUCUCAGCUGUGUUUACCCACAUCUCCUACCACACGAGCCUGUAUGUGUACUGCAGGGUACAGUCUGAAGAGUGAACAACAGUCCUGCGAGGGUGUGGGGUCAUUCCUGCUUUACUCAGUUCAUGAAGGAAUCAGAGGAAUCCCUCUCGACCCAGCAGAUAAAUCAGAUGCUCUGGUGCCAGUGUCGGGUUCGUCACUAACUGUGGGCAUCGAUUUCCAUGCUGAUAAUGACACUAUUUACUGGGUGGACAUGGGCCUGAGCACCAUCAGCCGAGCAAAAAGAGAUCAGACAUGGAGAGAGGACGUCAUCACCAACGGCAUCGGCAGAGUGGAGGGGAUCGCUGUGGACUGGAUUGCAGGGAAUAUUUACUGGACUGAUCAGGGCUUCGAUGUGAUCGAGGUCGCUCGACUGAACGGAUCGUAUCGUUACGUUGUCAUCUCACAGGGACUCGAUAAACCUCGAGCCAUCGCACUUCAUCCUGAGAGAGGCUAUCUGUUUUGGACAGAGUGGGGUCAGUAUCCUCGGAUAGAGAGAUCUCGUCUGGACGGCAGUGACAGAGCAGUCCUGGUUAACACGAGCAUUAGCUGGCCUAACGGCAUCUCUAUUGACUAUGAGGAGGGUCUGCUGUACUGGUGUGAUGCUCGAACUGAUAAAAUCGAGCGGAUUGAUCUGGAGACUGGGGAGAAACGGGAGCUCGUGUUGGCCAGCAAUAACAUGGACAUGUUCUCUGUGUCUGUGUUCGAGAAAUACAUCUACUGGAGUGACCGUACUCAUUCUAAUGGCUCUAUAAAGAGAGGAAAUAAACACAACGCCACAGACUCGGUCACCCUGAGGACGGGACUCGGAGUUCAGCUUAAAGACAUCAAAGUGUUCAACAGAGCGAGACAGCAUGGGACUAAUGUAUGUAAGGAGAAUAACGGCGGGUGUGAACAGUUGUGUCUGUACCGUGGGAACGGCGAGCGAUCCUGCGCCUGUGCUCACGGCGCUCUGGAUGAAGACGGCCACAGCUGCAGGGAUUACGCCGGAUACCUGCUGUACUCAGAGCGCACCAUCCUGAAGAGCGUGCACUUAUCAGACGAGAAGAACCUCAACGCUCCUGUCAAACCCUUCGAGGAUGCGGAGCACAUGAAGAACGUGAUCGCAUUAGCGUUCGAUUACCGAGGCGGCAGAGGGAAAGGAGCCAACCGGAUCUUCUACAGUGACAUUCACUUCGGAAACAUUCAGCAGAUCAACGACGACGGCUCGGGGAGGAGGAUCGUGGUGGAGAACGUGGGUUCAGUUGAAGGUCUGGCGUAUCACCGGGCGUGGGACACACUGUACUGGACGAGUUACACCACGUCCACCAUCACACGCCACACCGUGGACCAGAGCCGGUGGGGAGCCUUUAAGAGGGACGUGGUGGUCACCAUGGCAGGAGACGAUCAUCCCCGAGCCUUUGUCCUGGACGAGUGUCAGAAUCUGAUGUUCUGGACGAACUGGAAUGAACAAUCACCCAGUAUCAUGCGCGCUCAGCUCUCGGGCUCCAACAUCCUGGCGAUUAUCAGGACAGACAUCAGAACUCCGAACGGUCUCGCUGUCGACCACCGUGCUGAGAAACUCUACUUCACUGACGCCACGCUGGACAAGAUCGAGCGCUGCGAGUACGACGGCAGCCAUCGCUACGUGAUCCUGAAGAACGAGCCCGUUCACCCAUUUGGUUUAGCCGUUAAUGGUGACUACAUCUUCUGGACUGAUUGGGUUCGGAGAGCUGUGCUGAGAGCCGGGAAGUACGUAGGAGACGACAUGAGGGUGUUACGGGCCGACAUUCCGCAGCAGCCAAUGGGAAUCAUCGCCGUCGCCAACGACACCAACAACUGUGAGUUCUCACCCUGCAGGGUGAAUAAUGGGGGAUGUGAGGAUCUGUGUUUGUUGUUGUCUGAUGGACGAGUGAACUGCAGCUGUAGAGGAGACAGAAAACUGCUGGAGGACAACACCUGCAUAGUUCCAAACACUUCCUGCAGCAGUGUGAACGAUUUUCAGUGUGUAAACGGAGACUGUAUUGAUUACACACUCACCUGUGAUGGAACGGCGCACUGCAAAGACAAAUCUGAUGAGAAGCAAUCUUUCUGCAAUACCAGAGUGUGUAAGAAGGGUUAUAAGCGGUGUGUGAACGGUCGCUGUUUGAGACUGGGCUCAUGGUGUAACGGUCGUGAUGAUUGUGGAGAUAACUCAGACGAGGCUUUCUGUAACGCGACCUCAUGCACUCCUGAUCAGUUUCGCUGUAGAGAUGGUCUCUGUAUCUCCAACACCACUCGCUGUAAUCAGGUGAUAGACUGUGACGACGCCACUGACGAGAUGAACUGCACUGCGACAGACUGUUCCAGUUAUUUCCGUCUCGGAGUGAGGGACAUGUCAUUUCAGAGGUGUGAGUUUACUACCUUGUGUUACGCUUCGUCAUGGGUGUGUGACGGAUCAAACGACUGCGGAGACUUUUCUGAUGAGAGUAACUGUCCAGCUUCUACAGGAGGGAAGAAAUGUCUGCCGAACUUCUUCCUGUGUCCAAGUGGCCGCUGCAUCCCUCUGAGCUGGACAUGUGAUAAAGAGAACGACUGUGAGAACGGAGCUGAUGAAGUCAACUGCAACAAGGUGUGCACAGGGUCUCAGUUUGAGUGUGGGAAUCAUCGCUGUAUCUCCAGCAGUUGGCUGUGUGACGGAGCAGAUGAUUGUGGGGAUGGAACUGAUGAGGGCAGCAGAUGCAAGAAUAAGACGUGCAGUCUGGAGCAGUUCCAGUGUCCAGGUUCUACACAGUGUAUUCCUCAGCGCUGGCUGUGUGAUGGAGAUCAGGACUGUCCUGAUGGAGCUGAUGAGAGUGUGAAGGCCGGCUGCUAUUUCAGUAAUUCAUGUGAUGCUAAAGAGUUCAUGUGCCGUAAUAAACAGUGUAUUCCCAAACACUUUGUGUGUGAUCACGAUAACGACUGCAGCGACGGCUCAGACGAGUCCAUCGAGUGCGAAUAUCCCACAUGUAAACCUAACGAGUUCCGCUGUGCUAACGGACGCUGUCUGGUCCAGAGCUCAUGGCAGUGUGACGGAGAGUUUGACUGUCACGAUCGCUCAGACGAGGCACCGAAGAACCCCAACUGCAGCGGCCCAGAGAAAAAAUGUAACGAGACGUUGUACACAUGCGGGAACGGGGUGUGUGUGAACGAGACACUGCUGUGUGACCAUAAGGACGACUGCGGCGACGGCACCGACGAGCUCAACUGCUUCAUUAACGAGUGUCUGAACGGUAAACUGAGCGGCUGCUCUCAGCUCUGUGAGGACAUGAAGAUCGGCUUCAAGUGUCGCUGUCGCGCCGGGUUCAGGCUGAAGGAUGAUGGGAAGACGUGUGUGGACGUGGACGAGUGUUCCAGCACCUUCCCCUGCACACAGCACUGCAUUAACACUCACGGCAGCUUCAAGUGUGUGUGUGUGGAAGGGUAUCAGCUCAGUCCCUCCGACCCCACCAUCUGCAAGUCCACCUCCGACGAAGAGCCGUUCCUCAUCUUCGCCAAUCGUUAUUAUUUAAGAAAGUUAAAUCUGGAUGGAUCGAAUUACACACUUAUAAAACAGGGCCUGAACAACGCUGUAGCUCUGGAUUUUUCCUACAGAGAUCAGAUGAUUUAUUGGACAGACGUGACGAAUCAGGCCAGUAUGAUCAGACGCAUGCACAUCAAUGGCUCCAAUGUUCAGGUCCUUCACCGCACGUCUCUUAGCAACCCUGACGGUCUGGCAGUUGAUUGGGUGGGAGGGAACCUGUACUGGUGUGAUAAAGGGAGGGACAUGAUCGAGGUGUCAAAGCUAAACGGUGCGUUCAGGACAGUCCUGAUUAACACGGGGCUGAAAGAACCGAGAGCCAUCGCUGUGGACGUCCACAAUGGGUACCUGUUCUGGUCAGACUGGGGAGAUAAUCCUCAUAUCGGCCGCAUUGGGAUGGACGGAAGCAACCGCAGUGUGAUUGUACAGGAGAGGAUCACAUGGCCAAACGGAUUAACACUCGACUUCAUUAACAACCGAAUUUACUGGGCAGAUGCCCGAGAGGAUUACAUCGAGUUCGCCAACCUGGACGGCACUAACCGACACACAGUGCUAAAUCAGGACAUUCCUCACAUCUUUGCCAUGACUCUGUUUGAGGAAUUUAUCUACUGGACCGACUGGGAAACAAAAUCCAUCAAUCGAGCUCAUAAAACACUCGGCACUAAUAAAAGCCUCCUGAUCAACACACUGCAUCGACCCAUGGACAUCCACAUCUACCAUCCUUACAGACAGCCUGAGGUGACAGGUCACCCGUGUCAGAAGGAUAACGGCGGCUGCAGUAACCUGUGUCUGCUGUCUCCGGGGGGAGGACACAAGUGCGCAUGUCCCACUAACUUCUACCUGGCAGCUGAUGGAAAGCAGUGUCUCUCUAACUGUACCGCUAGUCAGUUUGUGUGUAAGAAUGAUAAGUGUAUCCCGUUCUGGUGGAAGUGCGACACUGAAGACGACUGCGGCGAUCGAUCGGACGAGCCGGCGGACUGCACUCCCUUUAAGUGCAGACCGGGGCAGUUCCAGUGUGGAACAGGAAUCUGUACAAACCCAGCGUACAUCUGUGACGGAGACAACGACUGCCAGGACAACUCAGACGAGGCAAACUGCGACAUCCACGUGUGUUUGCCGAGCCAGUUUAAGUGCACAAAUCCCAGUCGCUGCAUUCCUGGGAUUUUCCGCUGUAACGGCCAGGAUAACUGUGGGGAAGGAGAAGACGAGAGAGACUGCCCGGAGGUGACGUGCGCUCCAAAUCAGUUUCAGUGCACCAUCACUAAGCGCUGUAUUCCCCGAGUGUGGAUGUGUGACCGUGAUAACGACUGUGUGGACGGAUCAGACGAACCUGCCAACUGCACUCAGAUGACGUGUGGUGAGGACGAGUUCCGCUGUAAGGACUCAGGACGUUGUAUUCCUGCUCGCUGGAAGUGUGACGGAGAGGAUGACUGUGGAGACGCAUCAGAUGAACCUAAAGAGGAGUGUGAUGAGCGGACAUGUGAGCCGUAUCAGUUCCGCUGUAAGAAUAAUCGCUGUGUUCCUGGACGCUGGCAGUGUGACUACGAUAACGACUGUGGUGAUAACUCAGACGAGGAUAAAUGUGUCCCGAGGCCGUGCUCUGAGAGCGAGUUCUCCUGCACUAACGGUCGCUGCAUCGCUGGACGCUGGAAGUGUGACGGAGAUCAUGACUGUGCUGACGGGUCGGACGAGUACGGCUGUGAUGUGAAGUGUGACAGUGAUCAGUUCCAGUGUAAAAAUGGUCACUGUAUCCCAUUCCGCUGGAGGUGUGACGCUGAUCCUGACUGCAUGGACGGCAGCGACGAGGAGAACUGUGGCAGUGGAGUGGGUCGUCACUGUCCUCUGGAUGUAUUUCAGUGCAAUAACACACUCUGUAAACCACUCAGCUGGAAGUGUGAUGGAGAGGACGACUGUGGGGACAAUUCAGACGAAAACAUGGAAGAGUGCAAGCGAUUCUUGUGUCCUCCGAAUCGUCAGUUCCGCUGUCGUAACGAUCGUGUGUGUUUACCGCUGCAUACACAAUGUGAUGGAGUGGAUAACUGUGGGGAUAACAGUGAUGAGCUGAACUGCCAGACACCUGCCCCAGUGUGUGAAAAAGACGAGUUCACCUGCAGUAAUGGGAAGUGUAUCAGCUCCACACUGCGUUGUAAUUACUUUAACGACUGUGAGGAUUACGGCUCAGACGAGAUCAACUGUAACAAGAAAGAUUCCAGCCUAAACGAGUGUCAUCAGAACAGGAGUGUGUGUGGAGAUGGUGAUGAAGCUCACUGUGUAGUAAACGGUACUGAUUCCUUCUGUUCCUGCAAACCGGGCUUUCAGAAAACUGCUCAACAAAUCUGUAUAGACAUAAACGAGUGUAAGCAGUUCGGUGUGUGCUCUCAGCUCUGUAACAACACUAAAGGCUCGUAUAAAUGCAGCUGUUUAAGACACUUCACUCGUGUCAACAGCAGCUGUAAAGCUGAAGCUGGAGGCAGACAGAUCCUGUAUGUUGGUGAUGAUAAUGAAAUCCGCAGCCUACAGUCUGAGACCGUGAGCUGGAUCUACGAGCAGGCGUUUCAGGGAGACGCUAACGUGCGCAUCGACGCCAUGGACAUGCACAUCAAAUCCAGCCGCAUCUUCUGGACCAACUGGCACACAGGAAAGAUUUCAGUCUUUAAGAUCUCGUCCAGCGGAGCUACGUCACCCAGCCCCAACCGCAGCCGCAGGCAGAGCGACCAGAGAGUCACUAAUCUGGAGAUUCCGAAUCUGAAAAUGCCGCGUGGUAUUGCGGUGGAUUGGGUGGCUGGGAAUCUGUACUGGACCGACUCGGGUCGUGAUGUCAUCGAAGUGGCUCAGAUGAACGGACUUCAUCGGAAAACUCUGAUCUCAGGAAUGAUCGAUGAGCCGUACGCCAUCGUGGUGGAUCCCAUGCGCGGGACAAUGUAUUGGGCAGAUUGGGGAAAUCAUCCCAAAAUUGAAAAAGCUGCGAUGGAUGGCACGAUGAGAGAAACACUGAUUCAAGAAAACAUCCAGUGGCCGACAGGUCUGGCAGUUGAUUACUUUAACGAGCGUCUUUAUUGGGCCGAUGCCAAGCUGUCAGUGAUUAGCAGCGUGAGACUGAACGGGUCGGAUCGAGUCGUCGCCGUCAGCAGCACCAGAAACAACCUGCACCACCCGUUCAGCAUCGAUGUGUUUGAGGACUACAUCUACGGCAUCACCUACCACGACAGCUUUGUGUUCCGUGUGAAUAAGUUUGGGAAAGGUUCUGUGGAGAACUUGACCACCGGCAUGAACCACGCCACUGACCUGGUGCUGUAUCACACCUACAAACAACCGGAGAUGAUGAACCCAUGUGACAGGAAGAAGUGUGAGUGGUUGUGUUUGCUGAGCCCCAGUGGACCGGUGUGCACCUGCCCUAACGGUCAUGCUUUAGACAACGGCACCUGUGUGGAGGUUCCUGCACCUACCACCGUGUCUCCAGGUGGAGUGUGUACUCUACAGUGUCAGAAUGGAGGCAGUUGUGUGUUGAACGCGAGGAAGCAGCAGAAGUGUCGCUGUCAGCCCAUCUAUGGGGGGGAGAAGUGUGAAGUUAAUCAGUGUCGGGACUUCUGUCAGAACGGAGGAACCUGUAUGGCCUCACCUACUGGUUCUCCGACUUGUCGCUGUCGUCCAGGUUUCACAGGUCCGAACUGUAACCUGCGCACGUGCCACAGUUACUGUCAGAACGGAGGAAACUGCACCGUGAACAAAGGAAAUCAGCCCAUCUGCAGAUGCCCCGCCCACUUCCUGGGUGAUCAGUGCCAAUACAGAGUGUGUGAGGAGACGUGUGAUAACGGAGGGACGUGUGUUCAGGGUGGAGACGGAGCUGUUCACUGUCUCUGUUUUGCACGAUUCAUCGGCAACAGAUGUGAAGUAGAUAAAUGUCAUUACUGCCAUGGAGGUAGCUGUAUCAAUGCUAACGCUGCUCACGGAGACGUCAUGUGCCGAUGUUCAAACGGCCGGAUUCAGCCGAGCUGCUACACGUGUGAUGGAUACUGUGCUAAUGGACAGUGUUCACUCAGUGCUGCUAACCUGCCUCAGUGCAAGUGUCCACCUGGGUGGGCGGGGCUUCAGUGUGAAAACCACGUCACCACCAGUAACACUGAGUCCAGUAACCGCACAGCAUCUAUCGUUGUUCCUGUGAUUAUUCUGAUAUUACUGGCUUUGCUGCUUGUUGCUGGUUUCCUGUGGUACAGAAAGAGGAUGCGAGGCACGAAAGGAUUCCAGCACCAGCGAAUGACAAACGGAGCCAUGAACGUUGAAAUCGGAAAUCCUGCAUAUAAAAUUUACGACGGAGAUCAAGACGACGAUGCGGGAGAACUUCUGGAUUCUGAUUUCACACUCGAUCCUGACAAGACAUUUCCUAAAAGUCCCCCAUCCAAAGAUCCCACACUGGACUCAGAACCGCCAACGAACUUCACGAAUCCGGUCUAUUCUUCACUCUACAUGGGUGCACAAACCAGCCGUAAUUCCCUGGCAAGUACGGACGAAAAGAAGGAGCUGAUAUCACGAGGAGACGAGGAACCGCUAGUGGAAGCAUUAACAUAGACUCAUUGUUGGGUUUCAUGUUCUGUAUCAUGUAAAACGCACCCAUAUUGCCUUUUAUGAAAAGAAAAAAAAAAGAAAAGAAUAUAAACAAAAAGCCCCCAGGAGGAGAAUCAGCUGUUCGGCAUGAACACUGUAUAAAAUGUACAAAAUGAAGGACUACUUUUGUAUGUGAUGCAGUAUUAUAUUUUGUUCUUACACGAUUCUUCAGAUCAGAACAAACGGAGAGAAUAACAACGAUUUUCUACGUUUUAUUUUUCUUCUCACUCCCACCUUUUACCUUAAGAGCCACUACCUCUGUGCAGAAAAGAAGUUCAAAAGAAACUAAACAACAAAGACGCAUUAUAAAAUAAAUUGGAAGAGUUUUCAUUUUUAUUUUUGUAUGAAUUGUAUAGAGAAAGAAUAAUGUUCCAUCUCAGUAUUGCCGAGUUCUUUAUCAAUAGUGUGUGUGUGUGUGUGCAGGUCAGAGCCAAGCUCCGGGUUAAAGAAAUGUUGUUUUUAGUACAAACUGAAUAUUAAUGAGGUGUUUAGAGCACAUGUGGAACAUCAAUCACCUAUUUACUGUUUAUUUUAUUCUGUUUAUCUAAACUUUAAAGAUUUUGUCUAUAUGUUCAGUAAGCUUUUAUGGUACAUACUUUGUAGAAAUAUACUUUUGCAGGACACUUGCAUUUUUUUUUCUGUUAAUUGCUUACAUGUUAGUUCAUAAAAUGACAGACUUGAAAGUGGGAAGUUUGUGACACGUCGUUAUAGAAUUAAUACACAAAGAAUUCAGAAUUUGUGCUUUUCAACAGUGCCUUUUCUCUUCUUUCCCUUUUUUUGUUCGGUUGCUUUGCAUUUGUUCCAGAUUUCAGAAAGCUGAUCAUGUUACACAAACAAACAUUAAAAAAUAAUCUCCAGAUUUUAGGUUCAGAAGAUAAUCAUGUGACUUUCAGAGCUGUUGUUAACUGUAAUUCAUGCAUUUUUAUUUUUCUUCGUAUUUUUACAAAAUGUCAGCUUUUAUAGUACAGAAUGCAUGAAGGCCCAAACAUAGUUCUGAAAUAAAAGUCAUGUAUUUGCUGGAGUACUUUACAAACUAAAGAACAUAUGUUAUAAAUAAAACAUCUUAAACCACAA